AGCAGCCCAGCGGGAAGAAGCUCUAGGAUCUCGAUCUCUCCACGGACGUAUUGACGUAUCGAUCAGCUUGCGGUUCUGUCAUGCCGAGUGUAUGAGUGUGUAUGAGAGAGAUUUCUGUGUGUUUGGACUUGCUGUUAUUCAGACUCCGCUGACUGACUGACUGUUGGCAAAAGUUUAAAAGAAAAGAUGAUCGAGCUGGGCCUCGCCGACGGCAGCCUGAUCGACGAGCUGAUGGAGCUGACGGCUCAGAGCAUCGGCCAACUGGAGAUCCACGACAACUUCAACGUCGUCAAGGAGAUCGGACGCGGGAAAUACGGCAAAGUGCUGCUGGUCACACACCGCUUCAGGGGGACGCCCAUGGCCCUGAAGGUGAUGCCCAAGACCUCCACCAAGCUGCAGGGCUUCCUGCGGGAGUACUGCAUCUCCCUGCACCUGUCCUGCCACCCCUGCAUCGUCGGCCUCUUCGGCAUCGCCUUCCAGUCCAGGGAGCACUACUGCUUCGCCCAGGAGCUGGUCAUCGGCCGGGACCUGUUCGCCGUCAUCCAGCCCAAGGUGGGUAUCCCAGAAUCCUCGGUAAAACGCUGCGUCCUCCAGAUCGCCAGCGCGCUGGAGUUCAUCCACAGCCACGGCCUGGUCCACCGGGACAUCAAGCCCGAGAACAUCCUGCUACUGGACAGCCGCUGCUGCCAGGUCAAGCUGGCCGACUUCGGCCUGGCCCAGAAAAGGGGCACCAUGAUCCGCUUCAUCACGGGGACACUGCCCUACAUGGCGCCGGAGCUGUGCACCAUGGUCCUGCAGGACGGCCAGAAGGAGGUGAGCGCCCCCCCUCUGAGCGUGGAGCCCAGUCUGGACACAUUUGCCUUCGGCGUGGUCAUCUUCUGCAUCCUCACGGGCUACUUCCCCUGGGAGCACUGCCUGGACUCGGACGACUUCUACCAGGAGUUUGCCGACUGGUGCCGGACGGACGAGAGGCCUCGCGCCGACGACGACGACGUCCCUCCCCUGUGGAGGAAGUUCACCCCCGAGGCCAUGGAGAUGUUCGGUAAACUGCUAGCUUUAGACGCAGGAAAACGAUUUACGGUCGGGGAGGUGAGGCAGUACGUGGAGAAGGACUGGCUGAAGACGGAACCUGGAAACCAGCCGACGACGACAGACCAAGGGAGCGUUUCAGUGAGAAACUAGACACAUUGAAAGGAGGAUCUUGGUGGUUAACUUUGCAUUUAUCUUUGCAACCCUUUCUUUUACAAUUACUCAAAGUCAGAGGUAACUUUAAAACAUAUUAAACUGUCACACACCGCCAAGCACGAUACCUCUGAACAAACAAAGUUUCCUGCUUUUGUGCCCAAAGUUCAUAUUUGAAGCCAGUUCUUAAAGCUCUGGAUGGCACAUUGGAAGGAGUUGACUCUGCACAACUCCGCACUCCAAAAAUGGGCAGAACCUGAGGAACAAACAGUUUUUUGCCUUUUGUGCCCAAUGUUUGGACUAAUUUCUGAGAAGAAGCAGUUUUCCGUUUGUGUGGUCGGGGAUCGUUUCACGGGGCCUCGCCAAGGUUGCGUGGCUCCAUUCGGAGGAAUUUCAGGACAUUGUAAGGGGUCCAGACGAGUCCCGGCCCUCGGUUAGGUACUUUAGCAUGGUGCUAACCAUAAAAAGUACAAGUACAUCGUCUGCUAGGCCACCAGCAGGUUUCUGAAGAAACUUAACUCUUAACCUGCCAGUUCUUAAAGUUCUGGACGGAACAUUGGCAGGAGUUGACUCCGCCCAACUUUGGUUAAUCCAAAAAUGGGCGGAACCUGAGGAAAGGCCAAUCCAUGAUUUAGCCUUUCUUUCGUCCUUGUUUCCUACAACUUGGUCCUGACUGGUUUCUUCAGCGUUUUCUACAAAACGGACGUACUGGGAAUGAUGAACCGGUUAUCUUCUCAUAGCCAGGUAAAUUUGGCAUUUGAUGCGUUGCCACGAUGCUCUCUCACAUAAGCAAGUGAAACAGAAGGACGAUUUUGAAACCAUGAUUUUACACCGUGUGGCUUUGAGUGAAACUUAAAAAAAAAUAUUAUACUGUCACACAGAGCACGCACCUGCGAGCAUGAUACUUCUGAACAAACAGUUGCUGUCUCCAUUCGGAGGAAUCUCAGGACCUUGUAAGACGUCCAGACGAGUCCUGGCCUUCGGUUAGGUACUUUAGCAUGGUGCUAACUGUAAAAAGUACAAGUACAUUGUCUGUGACGCCACCAACAGGUUUCGGAAGAAACGAUUCAAAGCCAGUUCUUAAAGCUCUGUAUGGCACAUUGGCAGGAGUUGACUCCGCCCAACUUUGGUUAAUCCAAAAAUGGGCGGAACCUGAGGAAAGGCUAAUCCAUGAUUUAGCCAUGUCCGGUCCCUCCCUUUGUUUCGUCCGUGUCUCCUACAACUUGGUCCUGACUGAUUUCCCCAGCGUUGAUUCGGUUACCUCCUCGUAGCUAGGUGAAGUUGCCGUUUGAUGCGGGCUCUCUAACAUUAGCAAGUUAUACGACAGGAGGAUUUUGAAACUAUAAUUUUACACCGUGUGGCUUUAAGUAAAAUGUAUCACCUGGAUGUGAAUUUCUCUUACUGAUCAUGUUCAUAAAAUGAUAUUUAAGUAAUUUCAGUGCUGUGCAGUAGAUGAGCAAAUCACAGAUAUUACUGAGUGACUUUAAUGUGCAGAGUAAAAGUAUCCUAGUGUAAAUAAAUCACUUAAACGAUAUUAACUACUAACAUUUUAACUGUUUUGUCAUGUACAAAAAACAAAACACGAGUUGUAUAUCGGUGUGUAAAUGACAUGUAAAUGAUCUGCUGGCGUGAGCCGGCGCAGAGACGUUUAAUACCUUGUAUUUUGUGUGCUGUUGUUUACAAGUUUGUGAUUUUUCUUGUUUAAAAACAAUUGUUUUUAUUUCAUUCAUGCAUCAUUAAA